CUAUCCGGACCGACGGCAUUAGCACUUUUUAGCUUUACCCAUCAAAUUUUGUUCUUUUUUUCAAUUUUUCCAUUGAGCUAAACAAACGCAAUCUAAAUCCAUAAACACGAAAUAACAGCAAUUCACUCAAAUAAUUCCGUUAAAUUUCAUUCAUGUAAACAAAUAAGCUUCCAUUUUUUUCUAAUUUUUUUUUCCAAUUUUUUUUCAAUUUUUUUUGGAGUGGGAAAUGGCACUGAGUAAUUUGACGUUGGCUCCUAUUGUUCCUCCUUCUUCUUCGUCUUCUUGUUGUUGUUUCUUCAUUCGCAGCUCUAGUUACUGUGAGGUUUCAGGUUUUGAAACCCUAAUCAAAUCAAACGGCUACCGUUUUCCGACCGUGAGAAGCCGAUUUCAGUCCGGUGCUAUCGACACUCGUGGCGUCGGCAUUGUGGAGAACAACAACAACGCGGCGCCUGUUUCGUCUUCUCCUUCUUCCUCCGUCGUUGGAAACGCGGUUGUUGACAUACCGGUUAGUUGUUACCAGCUGAUCGGCGUUUCGAGUCAAGCUGAGAAAGAUGAGAUUGUGAAGUCGGUGAUGAAUUUGAAGGGCAGUGAGGUUGAUGAUGGUUAUACUAGUGAUGUUGUCGUUUCUCGUCAGGAGAUUCUGAUGGAUGUGAGGGAUAAGCUACUUUUCGAAACGGAGUACGCUGGAAAUGUGAAGGAGAAGAUUCCGCCGAAAUCAUCCCUUCGAAUUCCAUGGCGUUGGUUGCCUGCUGCUGUUUGCCUUCUUCAAGAGGUUGGAGAAGAGGAGCUUGUCCUUGAAGUUGGGAGGGCAGCUAUUCAGCGUACAGAUGCUAAGCCAUAUAUUCAUGAUUUGCUUUUAUCAAUGGCACUUGCUGAGUGUUCAAUCGCAAAGAUUGGUUUCGAAAAGAACAAGGUCUCUGAAGGAUUUGAAGCUCUUGCUCGUGCUCAGUGUCUUCUGAGGAGUACAAAAUCUCUUAAACAAAUGAUGUUGUUAUCUCAGAUAGAAGAAUCUUUGGAGGAACUUGCACCUGCGUGCACAUUGGAAUUAUUAGGCUUGCCUCGAUCACCUGAAAAUGCUGACAGGCGACGAGGAGCGAUUGCUGCCCUGCGCGAACUGCUCAGACAGGGGCUUGAUGUGGAAUCUUCUUGCCAGGUCCAAGAUUGGUCAAGCUUCUUGAGCCAAGCUCUUAAUCGGCUGUUGGCCUCAGAAGUAGUUGAUAUUCUUCCCUGGGAUAAUUUAGCUAUGGCAAGGAAGAAUAAGAAAUCAAUUGAAUCACAGAAUCAAAGGGUUGUAAUUGAUUUUACCUGUUUCUACAUGGCAUUGAUUGCUCAUAUUGCUCUUGGAUUUUCAAGCAGGCAAACUGAUCUGAUUAUCAAAGCAAAAACUAUAUGCGAGUGUUUGAUAACAUCCGAGGGUACUGAUCUAAAGCUUGAGGAGGCUUUCUGCUUGUUCCUUCUUGGACAGGGAAGUGAGGCUGAGAUUAUUGAAAAGCUUCAACAGCUUGAAUCAGAUUCAAAUCGUGCUCCCCAAAAUUCUAUUACAGGAAAGGAGAAACUAAGCAGCUCUAGUACAAAUUCCUCACUGGAAAUUUGGCUGAAGGAUGCUGUGCUUUCUCGCUUUCCUGAUACAAGAGAUUGUUCUCCUUCUUUGGCCAACUAUUUUGGUGGUGAAAGAAGAGCUCCUAGGAGCAAGAAAAUUAAAGGUUCCCCUCAAACCAUCCCUAAUCUAGGCCAUAGAUCACUACCUACUGCGCUUGCAUCAGAGAGGAAAGAUUUUGAGGAUUCCCUUCCCCGUAUGAAAUCUUCUCUUCAUAUUGUGUCAGCUGUUAAGCAAUUAGGACCAACUGAUUUGCAGAGUCCUUUGGUAAUGGGUGACAAUAGCGGUGGAAGCAAUGUCAGUGCAUCUUCUGUUCAGUUGGAAAGAAAAUUUGGAGUAAACCAGAAUAAAACUUGGGAAAGCUGGUUUUCGCAAAGUAAUGUCACCGAAAGGGUAACUUUUGUUGCUAUAUUAGGGUGCAUUGUUUUAACUAGCUGUAAGCUAUCUGGAAUGAACUUAAGUGGGGUCAGGCGUAUGUCAAUAUGGGCCUCCAGUAAACCACAUAUGAACACAAGUUCCCUUACCAGUAAAGGAGAUUCUUUCUUGGAUUAUAAUAUAGGCUCUCCUCGUAACAAGGCAAGUGGUAUUGGUGGUAGGAUAAAGAAACUUUUGGAUUUGGCUAAGGUUCAAUUCAUGAACCCUUCUGAAGCUAGGAAUUCAAGAACUUCCUGCCUUCCUGCUAGCCUGUCAACUUCAAUCACGACAGUUGACACAAAGCAAAUGUCUGUGGAAGAAGCUGAAGCUCUUGUCAGGCAAUGGCAAGCAAUUAAAGCUGAAGCUCUCGGACCUAACCAUCAGGUUGAUACCCUCUCUGAAGCCCUUGAUGAGUCAAUGUUAAUUCAGUGGCAAGCUUUGGCCGACAUGGCGAAAGCUAGAUGUUGUUAUUGGAGAUUUGUUUUGCUGCAAUUGACCAUUCUGCGAGCGGACAUUCUAUUGGAUAUUCACAGGGGGGAGAUUGCUGAAAUUGAGGCUCUCCUAGAGGAAGCAGCAGAGCUUGUUGAUGAGUCUCAGCCAAAGAAUCCUAAUUAUUACAGCACAUAUAAAAUCCGAUAUAUUCUUAGAAGGCAAGAUGAUGGAUCAUGGAAAUUCUGUGGAGGUGACAUUGAAAUGCCAUCAUGAGACCAAAAACAGACAGCAUAUGCAUAACAAGCCACGACAGGACUAGCCGAUUGAACCGAAAAUGGUUCACUAUAUUGGUUCAGACAUAGUUUGGCCUUUGAGUGAAUUGCUUGGAAUAGGUAAAAACAGAGAAACCAGGACAAAGCAGAUGGUUGAAUCGGUUUAUAAAAUUUUUAAUAUAUUUUAAGUGUUUAUUUAAUUAUUGUCAGACUCACGAAUCACAAAAAAUUGGUGGUUUGAUCUUUAGAGCAUUGACAAGUUAGUAAUUUUAGAGUGUUCAUUUUGGUCAUUUAAAAUGUUUUCAUUUUAGUCAUUCAAUUGUUAAA